GUAGUCUCGUCCUUUCUGAAAACCACACACAUACGCAGUACUCUAAGGAGCAAAAUGAAACUCUUUGUCGUCGCCACACUUGCGCUGGUCGCCUUCGCUUCGGCUGAUGUCAGCCAUCUCUCAAGAUCCUACCUUCCACCAAGCACCGGCGGUCCAUCCUACUCAUCAGGUGGUUCCAUUGGUGGCUCUUACGGUGGCCCAUCGUACUCAUCAGGCGGCUCUGGUGGGGGAUCUUACGGUGGUCCAUCUUACUCUUCAGGUGGCUCUGGUGGUGGUUCUUACUCCAGCGGCGGCUCUGGUUACUCUGCUCCAUCUAAUGAAUAUCUACCACCUGUUCAAAGCUACUCACCACCCGCUCCAGUCUACUCCGGUCCAUCAUACUCCUCAGGCGGUAGCGGUGGCGGAUACUCCAGCGGUGGUGCAGGCGGAUACUCCGGCGGUGCUGGCGGUUACUCUGGCGGUUCUGGUAGCUACUCUAGCGGUGGUGCUGGUGGUUACUCUGGCGGUGCUGGUGGCUACUCUAGCGGUGGUGCAGGCGGCUACUAUGGCGGUGCUGGUGGCUACUCCAGCGGUGCUGGUGGCUACUCCAGCGGUGGUGCAGGCGGCUACUCUGGCGGUGAUGGUGGCUCAUACAACAGCGGCAGUGGAUACUCUAGUGGUCACCCAGCUGGUCCAUCAUACUCUUCAGGCGGUUCUGGUGGUGGAUCUUAUGGCGGUCCAUCUUACUCUUCAGGCGGUUCCGGUGGUGGUUCUUACUCCAGCGGCGGCUCUGGUUACUCUGCUCCAUCUAACGAAUAUAUACCACCUGUUCAAAGCUACUCCCCACCCGCUCCAGUCUACUCCGCUCCAUCAUACUCCUCAGGCGGUAGCGGUGGCGGAUACUCCAGCGGUGGUGCAGGCGGAUACUCCGGCGGUGCUGGUGGUUACUCCAGCGGUGGUGCAGGCGGAUACUCCGGCGGUGCUGGUGGUUACUCCAGCGGUGGUGCAGGCGGCUACUCCAGCGGUGGUGCAGGCGGAUACUCCGGCGGUGCUGGUGGUUACUCCAGCGGUGGUGCAGGCGGCUACUCCGGCGGUGCUGGUGGCUACUCCAGCGGUGGUGCAGGCGGCUACUCCAGCGGUGCUGGAGGAUCCUACAACAGCGGUAGCGGAUACUCUGCUGGCCGUCCUUCUGGACAUUCAAUCGGUGGUCCAUCAUACUCUGCUGGCGAUGUUGGCACUCAGUAUGCAUCCAACGGUGGCUACGUCUACCGCAAAAAGUAA